AAAUUGUUGAAAUUGAAGCUAGGUAGUUGAGCACCUAUCCUGGGAGCCAAGAUGGCGUCUUUGAUGGCAGGAGUGCGCGUGCUGGAGCAGCCGUGCUUCUCAGGACGUACUGCUGAGUUGGGUUCGUCUUUCGCCUUGCAAAGCACACCUUUGUUAGAAUCUUGGGAUUCUUGUUUGACUACCACAACUCACGGGUUCCGAACGCCUGCACCUCAGUUGAGCUUGAGGAGAUGUCGAUUGGAAACACUAACUUGUUGCAGUAGAGAAUAUCCCAGUAUUAGCACGUGGGCUUCUAGAGAACGUAGACCAGCAGGCACGCGGCAUGUGCGCUGCCAGGCAAAGCGGAAGGGGUCAGGGUCUGGGAAGACACACGAUGCUACAGACAUAAUCGAUGAGGAGGUGCUGCUUGGCCCCAGCAAGGGCUGGACUCCUGGCUUCAAGGGGCUCCUCUUUGACCCCCUGGGCAAGCUCCGGCUGAACCCCGACCUCAUCACCCCUGACCUCCUCAAUGACAACGUCGAUGAGCUGGGGCCUGCGGACAGGGAGGCAAUGCAGGCGCCGCCGGUGGAGCCAACAAAAAAGAAGAAGGAGAAGAAGAAGGCAAAGGAGGUCAAGAAGCCCCUCACCGUAGCAGACCUGGAGUUGGCGGGCGUGCCAGUGAACGACCAGCUGCGGCAGAUCUUGAAAGAGGAGAACCGGAGGGCCCACCGGCAGGCGGCGGAGGCAGACGGGAAGAAGGUCAAGGGGCCUCGGCCGCGGGGGUGGCAGAUGCCAGCGCCAGACAACCGGGAAGUGCAUAAGCUGCUCAAGAUUGUGGGGGGCCAGGCCAGCGGAAAGCGUCUGCUCUCGCCCGCGGACCGAGCAGUGCGGCCGAUGAUGGAGGUGGUGCGUGCGGCCGUGUUCAAUAUGCUCCAGUCCAUGGUGGGCCUCCCUACGCUGGAGGGGCGGUGGCUGGACCUGUACAGUGGGACCGGCUCCGUUGGGCUGGAGGCGCUCAGCAGGGGCUGCGACAGCUGUCACUUUGUGGAGCUGGACCCAUGGGUGGUGACCAACGUGCUGCAGCCCAACAUCGACAACUGCGACUUUAACUCGGAGAGCAUCAUCCACACGCAGAAGGUGGAGGCCUUCUUCGAACGAGCAGAGGAGCCAGGUGCUAUUUCGGGGGGUGCUUUCGACUUCAUCAGCGUCACCCCACCUUACGAGGCCGUCAAGUACAGCGACUUGAUGACGACACUUGCCACCUCGCCCGUCGUAGGGCGCGACACUUUCAUUAUUGUUGAAUAUCCCUACAGGGACCGGGCCGUAAUCACCGACCAGUGCGGCAACCUGUUUAAAAUUCGAGAUCGUCGCUACGGCCGGACCAACCUAGCCAUGUACGGCCCCGAUUGGGCCAGGACAGAAAAGACUCCGUAGAGACGCUAUUUUGGACGUAAACUAGAUCAAGGGUUGAAGGGGCAGUUACGGGAUUGUGCGUUGAUAGGGUUCAUCUGAAACAGUCCAGGAAAUAUAGCAACUGGUUAGCACUCGGAAGAUCCUUUUCGUUCAGCGCACCUGCCAUUCCACAGGUUCUCUGCCUUGCCAUUGGCUUUUGAAAGUGACCGCUGAUAUCUGAGAACAACGGACGCAGCUACCCCGAAGUGCGGAGUGAAAGUUGAUCGAUGCGGUUUGCCUAUGAAUCAGCCCUUGCUCAGAUUGUGCCCCG